AUGUCAGCACCCGGUCAGAACGGCAAAGAGGACUACCUCGACAAGGGUCUUGAUGCCGUGGAGAAGCAGAUCGGCAAGAAGACCGGCCACAACAUCGACCCGGCCAAGGCUCGUUCUACCAAUGAAAAGAUUACGGACAAGGCCCGCGGCWUGUUCGAGAAAGCUACUGGCAAGCAUGUGCCGGAUAAGGGUAUGCUCACAGUAUCUCACAUCACCAUCAACAUUCCAUCGCUGACAUGUGGCUUGCAGUCUCCAACUAAGAUACCCCGAAUGAGAGUCAUCCCUUCUUAA